AUGCUGGGACGUUUCUGUGCGGACAAAGUACACGGACGCUUCCUGAUCUACUCCGGGGGCUUGAAACCUGCGGGGCCGCGACAAGGAGCGCUCCCUGACGACGUGGGAAGGCAGGGACAGAGCGCACUGGCCGCUUCGGGGGCCGGGGCAGGUCGCGCCCCACGACCCGGGCGGGCGCCCGGAGCCAGGUCUCGGCUCCGGACCCCCCAGAUCCUUGUUUUCGUCGUCCUCGGUGCCCUCCUGCCGGUCCUAGCUGAGUCAGCCGCCACCACCAGACUUCAUAAUCAAUCAGCUGCCCCACAGCAGUGGAAGCAAGGCUCCUUAAAAGGAUUGUGUCCACCAGGAUCACAUGCAUCAGAAGACAGCAGAGGAUGUAAGCCGUGCACAUCUGGUGUGGGUUACACCAAUUAUUCCAAUAUCCUUCCUUCGUGCAUAUCCUGCACCGUUUGUGGACAAGGUCAUGGAUACCUGGUUGUGGGGAUUGUGAUUGGAACUGUGAUUGUGUUCCUGCUAUUGGGGCUGGUGGCCAAACGUCUUUACAGGAGGUACUUCCAUCCAGGUUGUGGAGUGGACCCCAAGUGCAUACACAAAGUCUUUUUCUGGUGCUCGUGUCCCCCAAGAGGUCCCGGGGCUCAGGACAAUGCCCACAAAGAGGUACUGAGCAGCAGACACUCAUCGUCCAUCCUGGUCUCUGAGCAGAAGAUGGAAGGUCAGGAGCCAGCAGAGCUGGCACGUGUCAUCACCUUGAGGUCCCCAAGGGAGGCCAAGCAUCUGCUGGAACUUGCAGAAGCUGAAUGGUCUGAGACGAGCAGGAGGCUGCUGGAUCCAGCCGAUGGUGCCGACUCCAUUGAGAGUCUGAGGCUUUGCUUCCAUAAUAUCUUUCCCGACAACGUGCCCUUUAAAUCCUGGAACCCGCUCAUGCGGCUGGUGGGCCUCACCGAAAAUGAGAUCCAUGUGGCCAGAGCUCGUGCUGCAGGGCCACAGGACGCCUUGUAUGAAAUGCUGGUGACGUGGGUCAACAAAACGGGGCGGGGCGCCUCUGUCAACACCCUGCUGGACGCCUUGGAGACGAUGGGAGAAAGACUUGCAAGGGAGACCAUUGAGGACCAUUUGGUGGGCUCCAGAAGGUUCGUCUAUCGAGAAAGUGGAGCAGGCUCUGCUGCGACCUGAGUGUGAAGGAAUCUCUUUAGGAAGCCAGAGGUCCUCUAACUUAUCUUUUCUUCUGGAAAAAAAUAGCGAUUAGACAUCAGCCUGUAGGAAGCAGUCAAAAAUUUCACAUGACUGGUGCUUGAAGAAACUCUACCAUCCAGUAUAGUCCAGUGGAGGGAAAGUCCUAGAAUGUUCUUGGCGGACUUGGAGUAAUUUUUAUGAAAUGGUUGUGAUAAGCAAACAUGGAAACAUGCGUAUGAUUCUUGGUGUGUGAAUUAACGUUUGUGUGUGUAUGGAGAGUUGUGUUAGGAUGUCAUUCUUUUCCGUUCUUGCACUUUUUCAUCCUAGUAGGAAUUUCUCUUUACUUGUGUUUGUUACAUUGUAAGAUCCAUCCAUGUUAUAUGCAUGCAUUUACUCUUGUCCAGCUAUUGCUUGAUACUAUAGGAUACAUGCAUUUCUAUGUUUAUAUUUUUGUAUAUGAUUAUAUGAGAAUGUAAACAUGUUUGUAAGUGUACUUAGUAAGUUAUUUACAUAGGUUACCGUGAUGGAUUAGGCAACCACAAAAUGAGUGCAAGUACAGAGUGGGAGGGAGAGAAAACCCACCCUCUGUAAGGUCUCACUCUGGAUUCUAGUUCUCUCUCAUAUGCACUUCAAUUCAACUGUGUUUGGAUCACUGGCAACUUCUAUGGGGACCAGUCUUUUAAACUUGACAACUUUCUAGGUGUCGAAUGUUAAUUUAUUUGUAGGUAUGUGUUUACAGGUGAGCAGGCACUUGGGGAGAACCACAUCUACGUGAGAAACUCCAUGUGUGGUUGGGUCAUGACCAGAUUGUCCUCCUCCAUGGAUGGGAUGGGAGGGUGACAGAUGGGUUAGAUCACAAGUGGCAAAUGGGUUCCAUGCCAAGCACCAUUUCCAAUGGAGAGAGAGGACAGGGAUCUGUCCCCAGUGUCUGCCAUGGUCUCAGGGAAGAAGAGUGGAUGGUGCUCAUGAAUAGUGUGAACUGUUUGCUAACUCGGGACUAGAAGGCCCCUCUCACUUCUGGUGAUCUGUGACACUGAACCCCAGAGUUUAAUUUUGGGGCACAGAUUCCCUCUUUGAGGAGCUUAGCUCCUCUGUAAGUAUCUGACUUCCAUGGAAAACACUCAACACAGACAUAACAAUACUUGAAUACUGUGACCAGGAGGCCUAGAAUGGCUGACACAUUAGGGUUUUGUUCUUGUGCCACUUUCUGUUAUUUUUUUAAAACCUCAGUAACAAUUUCAGCCUCCUUCCAGCAAACCCUUCCCCAUAGUAUGCCAGUAGCACUCAGGGUUUUUGGUCUUUUUCAUCUCAAGGAGUUGUGUGUUGUCUUGUCCCAGGGCUGGUGUGUUUGGGCCGAAGCUAGAAUGGCCUGAAGAUUUAGGCACAUUCAGAGAACUGUCAAGGGUAUUUUAGGAGGGAAAGACCCUCAGUCUAUACCCUUACAUUCCUCUCCCACUUCCAUUGGGGUCCCCAAGUUGCCCCCUCCACUUCCUAAAGGCACAGGAUGGUCCUGCCUUUGCUGCACAGGAUGCUCUGCCCUUGGGUCUCAAAGGAAAUCAGUCAGAUUUCAGCUCCUUGUCCCUCUCUCAGAGGACUUCCUUGAAGGCCAUCUAAAGUAGCCUUAUCAGGGUUUCUCAUGUUUAUUCAUGAUAGUAUGAAAUUGGUUUGUUUGGAUGUUUUUGUUAUCUUUAUACCCAGUCCAAACAGCAGUGGCACAUGAUACGCACUUAAUAAAGUCUUUCUCUGGUAA